AUGCGUUGCGCUACCAUCCUCUCUGGCCUGGCCCUUGCCGCCUUCACAUCUGCCCUCCCUACCGCUGUUGAUGUCAAGCGUGAGGCUGCUCCUCAGCUCUUGAGCCUGGGUUUGAGCGCGGACGUUGAGGCCGACGUGUGCCUCAACCUGGGACUCGGAGUCAACAUCGACCUCGAGGCCAACGUUGCCCUCGGUCUUCAGCUCAACGUCGACAUCGACGUUGAUGUCUCCCUCUGGGCCACCCUCGACCUCCUCGCACAGAUCCAGGCCAACAUCACUGCCCUGGCCUCUGUGGACGUCUCCGCAGACGUCGAUCUCUCCGUUGAGAUCACCGCCACCAUCAACGCUCUGAUCGAACUCUCCGUCCAGCUCCAGGCUGCCGUCAGCAUCGUGGACACUGUCAGCCUCAACAUCUCUGCCCUCGUUGAGCUGGUUGCCACCCUCAACGCCCAGAUCACUGCCAUUGACGUAAACACAAUCACCUCCGACGUUCUUGCUACCCAGGUCUCCACCAUCAGGAAGACUGUCAACAAGAGCACCGCUACUACCCUCUCUGGUUACAAGACCUACUAG